AUGAGUACUCUUCCACAAACUCAGGGGCAAACCAUUCAAGAUGCCUGGGAUUCCAAAGGUCAUCCUGCAGAUAGGUCCAAAACUGGUGGUUGGACAUCAUCUGCAAUGAUCUUAGGUUCAGAAGCAUGUGAGAGGUUAACAACAAUGGGUAUAGCUGUAAAUUUGGUGACAUAUUUGACUGGUACCAUGCACUUAGGAAAUGCUUCCUCUGCCAAUACAGUGACCAAUUUCAUGGGAACCUCUUUUAUGCUCUGUUUGUUAGGUGGUUUUGUAGCAGACACUUUUAUCGGAAGAUACCUCACCAUAGCCAUCUUUGCAACUGUUGAAGCAAUUGGUGUUACAAUCUUGACAAUAUCAACCAUAAUUCCAAGCCUCCGUCCACCAAAAUGCACACAAAACAUGCGCAAUUCUUGCGAACCAGCAAACAACCUACAACUAACAGUUCUAUACACAGCUCUCUACGUGACAGCGCUUGGAAUCGGCGGUUUGAAAUCAAGUGUUUCCGGCUUCGGUUCAGACCAGUUCGACGAUUCAAACGAAGGAGAGAAAAAACAAAUGGUGAAAUUUUUUAACUGGUUCUUCUUUUUCAUAAGCAUAGGUUCGUUAACAGCGGUGACAGUUCUUGUUUACAUUCAAGAUCAUGUGGGGAGAGAUUGGGGAUAUGGUUUAUGUGCGUGUGCUAUUGUUGUGGCGCUCCUUGUGUUCUUGUCGGGGACAAAGAGGUAUCGGUUUAAGAAACUUGUGGGGAGUCCUUUGACACAGAUUGCGGUGGUUUUUGUGGCGGCGUGGAGGAAGAGGAGGUUGGAGUUGCCGUAUGAUUCGUCGUUGUUGUAUAAUUUGGAUGAUGUUGAAGAUCAUGAUUUGAGGAAGAAGAAACAAAUGUUGCCUCAUAGCAAGCAAUUUCGAUUCUUGGACAAGGCAGCAAUCAAGGAGCCAAAAACAGAUGGUAAUGAUAUCAACAUGGUAAGAAAAUGGAAUCUAUCAACGUUAACAGAUGUUGAAGAAGUAAAACUAGUAUUAAGAAUGUUACCAAUAUGGGCCACAACAAUAAUGUUUUGGACAGUAUACGCACAAAUGACCACAUUCUCAGUGUCACAAGCAACAACAUUAAACCGUCACAUAGGAAAAUCAUUUCAAAUCCCGCCAGCUUCUUUAACCGCUUUCUUCAUAGGUAGCAUCCUCUUAACAAUCCCGAUUUACGACCGCGUCAUCGUUCCCAUAACACGAAAAAUCUUCAACAACCCUCAUGGACUAACGCCUUUACAACGCAUUGGCGUUGGCUUAGUCUUCUCAAUUUGCGCGAUGGUUGCAGCAGCACUCACGGAAUCGAAACGAAUGAGGAUAGCACGUUUGCAUAACUUGACACACGAUCCUCAUUCGGAGAUUCCCAUGAGUGUGUUUUGGUUGGUACCGCAGUUCUUCUUUGUAGGGUCAGGUGAAGCUUUUACUUAUAUAGGACAACUGGAUUUUUUCUUAAGGGAAUGUCCUAAAGGGAUGAAGACUAUGAGCACAGGAUUGUUUUUGAGUACUUUGUCUUUGGGAUUUUUCUUUAGUUCUUUGUUGGUUACUUUGGUGCAUAAAGUGACUGGUCACCAUAAGCCGUGGCUUGCGGAUAAUCUUAAUCAGGGGAAGCUUUAUGAUUUUUACUGGCUUUUGGCUUUGUUGAGUGGUUUAAAUUUGGUUAUAUAUUUGCUUUGUGCUAAUUGGUAUGUUUAUAAGGAUAAAAGACUUGCUGAAGAAGGCAUAGAAUUAGAGGAAGCAGAUACAGCUUACCAUGCAUAG